AAAGACUACACUCGAAUAAGCAGUUCAUCUCCUCAAGCACAAACCAGCAAAAUCAAGGCGGAGUGAUGGCGGAGAUGGCGGCGGAGAAGAAGAAGAAGAGGAGUGUGCCGGUGAUACCAUGGAUGAGAGACCCCGUCGAUGUCAGUCUAUCCGAUUCAUGCCCGCUCAGCUCCAUUCCUUUCCUCGACUCCAGGUUAGAGUCGGCGCUACGGAGCAAGGGUUUCGAUUCACUGUUUCCGGUGCAGGCGGCUGUUUGGCAUGAGACAAUCGGUCCUGGUUCAUUCGAGCGCGAUCUCUGCAUAAAUUCACCUACGGGGAGCGGGAAGACCCUCGCCUAUGCUCUUCCGAUUGUGCAGAUGCUUUCCACCCGCACGAUUAAAUGCCUUCGAGCUCUGGUGGUGCUUCCUACUCGCGACUUGGCUGUGCAGGUGAAGGAAGUUUUUGCUGCUUUGGCACCUGCGGUGGGAUUGUCGGUGGGCUUAGCAGUUGGUCAAUCGUCUAUUGCAGAUGAAAUCUCUGAGCUUAUCACGAAACCUACUAUGGGUAGUGGUGUUUGUUGUGAUUCUGAUGAUUUCAGCCCGGAGAUAAGAAGUUCAGUAGACAUACUUGUAGCAACACCUGGACGGCUGAUGGACCACAUUAACCAUACCAAGGGCUUCACAGUCGAGCAUCUUUGUUAUCUCGUGGUUGAUGAAACAGACCGAUUGCUUAGGGAAGCUUAUCAAUCCUGGCUGCCUACUGUCCUUCAGUUGGCACAGUCUUCAACUAAUAGUCAGUUUCCCUUUGGGGACGCCAUCAACCGCCCUGCAUUUGGCUUCCUAAAGACAGUUAGGAGUUUUGGUGUCGAGAGGGGCUUUAAGGGUAAGCCAUAUCCACGGCUUGCGAAGAUGGUUCUGUCAGCCACACUAACUCAGGACCCAAGUAAGCUCGCUCAACUCGAUCUUCACCAUCCAUUGUUCUUGACGACUGGAAAAAGCCGGUACCAGUUCCCUGAGAAUUUGAAAUCUUAUAAAUUGGUGUGUACAUCAAGGCUUAAACCACUUUAUCUACUUGCACUUUUGGGAACUUUGCAAGGGGAGAAAUGUAUUGUUUUCACUUCAUCUGUGGAGUCCAAUCACCGACUCUGCACUUUGUUGAAUUUCUUUGAUGACCUUCAAAUUAAGAUUAAAGAGUACUCUCGUCUUCAACGUCAGUCUGUAAGAAGCAAAACAUUGAGGUCAUUUAGAGAAGGAGAAACACAAGUUCUUAUAUCCUCUGAUGCAAUGACUCGUGGAAUGGAUGUUGAAGGGGUUAAAAAUGUAAUCAAUUAUGACAUGCCCCGAUUCAUCAAGACCUAUAUUCACCGUGCUGGUCGAACUGCGAGGGCUGGGCAGAGUGGCCGUUGCUUUACACUUCUGCGCAACGAUGAGGUUAUUCGAUUUAAGAAACUUUUACAAAAAGCCGACAACGAAUCCUGUGCCGAAUAUUCUGUUCCAUCUGAAUCGGUAGAGGCACUUCGUACCAUGUAUACCACAGCUCUGGAGAGAUUAAAAGAGAGCGUUGAAUCAGAAAAGCACAAGAAAUCCAGGAUUAAUAUCAAGAGCCGCGGCGUUGCUAAGAAAAAUGACAAAUCUGCUUAAAGGAGCGAAAGAAUAUAGUUCAAUUAUCGUUGCAGUCCCAGAUUCUUCCAGUUUCCUCCUGUCUCUGUGCAAACGGCAGGUGGUGCUGAAGCAGUAGAGCAGUUUCCGGUCUUCCGCAAAUGAAAAUGGAGGUCGGAGGUGAAGUUGUUGCAUCUCUCUUUAGGCUAUUGGUUUUCUUCAGUUUUGAUGAAUUGCUCUAAUUAUAGUGUAGUAGUAGUACUAUUAUUUAUUUAUCAGUAUAAUUUUGUCACCCUAAUUUUCUCCCACAGCUAUUUAGUCAGUGUUGAUUUUGGUACUAAGUUUCUUGAAUGCUGUACUUCACCCCAAUAGUUGUUUUAUACUAUUUCAAAUGUAGUUCUUAUUACA